CUUGGGGGUGAGGCAUUAAAAGGAGUCUCCUAUCGUAAUGUCACACACCAAAAACCCACAAACCAUUCCAUUCCACUCCACCACCUCAAAGUUCCUUCCUUUUUCACCAAAAAAUAAAAAAGUUCCUUCCUUUUUCUCUUCCAUUUCCCCUCUCACCUCAUCCAUCGUCCCUUUACUCUCUUCCCUGAGUUCCAUGCAUGAACAUUCGUUCCUUUCGUAAACCCAUCUCCAAUUUUGGUCGUGAGUUCCUCAUCUCGUAGUAAAUUGCUCCUGUAACAGAUAUCAGAGCAUACUCUGUAGCCGCCGCCGCCUCUGGGAACUGGGCUCUGAUCAGGAAUCCGCCGCCGGCAGUGGCAGGGGACGCCGUUGUAGGCUGGGCCUGGGGAAUUUUGAUGAUCGGCGGUGGCGGGUGGCUCGCAGCUAUAUCCACGCAUUUCAUUUGGUAGAUGCUUGGCGCCAAACUCUACAGUGCCUAUCAGGUGUUUGUGGUGAACCUACCACGUUCUGUGUCUGGAAGGUUUUUUUACGGACUGGUGAAGAUGAUGGCCUCCUUUUUGGCCUAAACUUAAAGAAGAGAUUGUGGGGGAGCAAAGUCACAGUAAAGGUGGUUAAUUUCUUCAAGAUAAAGCAUAUUGCUGGCUGGCACCAGCCCUCUUAAUUGAUUCUAGGAAAAGAAGACUCCCAGAAAAAUGAAGUUUAUGAAACUUGGAACCCGGCAAGAUACCUUCUAUACAGAAGAGGCUACAAGGUCCUUAGCAUCAGAAAUCUCCAGUGACCUUGAAAUCAGAAUCAACGGCAUUACUUACCUGCUCCACAAGUUUGCACUCCUUCCAAGAUGUGGGCUCUUACAAAGACUCUGUUCUGGUACUCCUGAACCUACCACUGUUACAAUGGAGCUCCAUGACAUUCCUGGAGGGGAAGAAGCAUUCGAACUCUGUGCCAAGUACUGCUAUGGAAUUACGAUCAGUCUCAGUGCCCAUAACUUCGUGCAAGCAUACUGUGCUGCUAAGUUCCUUCGCAUGACAGAAUCGGUCGAUCAAGGCAAUUUUGUGCUUAAGCUCGAGGCUUUCUUCAACUCUUGCAUCCUUGAAGGUUGGAAGGACUCCAUCAUGGCUCUCCAGACAACUGUGAAGCUGAAUGAAUGGUCCGAGAAUCUGGGGAUCAUCAGGAGAUGCAUCGACUCCAUUGUUGAUAAAAUCCUCAUGCCUCCUGCUAAGUGCAACUAUUUGGUGACCAAAACAUUGCAGGUCAGAUGGUCAUAUACUUACACAAGACCAGGGUUCAACAAGCACGAGCAAUCCGUCCCAAAAGAUUGGUGGACAGAAGACAUAUCAGACCUCGACAUAGACCUCUUCAGAUGCAUCAUUACAGCUCUGAAAUCAACGUACAUGCUGCCGCCACAGCUCAUUGGAGAAGCAUUACACGUGUACGCGUCUCGUUGGCUUCCAGACGCCACGAAAACUCGCCCUUUGGAAAGCUCAGAGCCGAGAGAAGUAGUCUCAGACAAGGAAAGUCAGAGAAGAGUCCUUGAAACCAUCGUGAGCAUGAUCCCAGUCGACAGAGGCUCAGUCUCCAUCGGCUUUCUUCUCAGGCUUCUUAACACUGCAAAUUACCUGGCCACGUCUCCUGCUACAAAGGCAGAGCUCAUAAGGAGAUCAAGCGUGCAACUUGAGGAUGCAAAUUUGAGUGACUUAUUGUUCCCUUCACAUUUGGGUCAGCAGGUUUAUGAUAUUGACUCAGUUGUAGCUGUGCUUGAGAGUUUCUUGGUGGUUUGGAGACGUGUGUCGCAAGAAGCUUCUGUGGAAGAGAGUCAGGUUGUGGCAUCGAUUAGGAGGAUUGGAAAGCUUGUUGAUUCUUACCUUCAAGUGGUGGCAAAAGAUCCCGACAUGCCCUUGUCAAAGUUUGUUUCUCUUGCUGAAGCUCUGCCAGAUGUUGCAAGAAGAAACCACGAUGAGCUUUACAAGGCCAUCAACAACUAUUUGAAGGUAUGGCUCAUAUCUCAUAAAAAAAAAGUUCGGUUAAAAGUGUAA